AGAGUAGGAGUUGAAGGGGGGUUUAAGGGAAGAGAUGGGGAAGGGUAGGGAGAGAGCAUUGGCGCAAGUGCAUUGGGCCGUGAUCAACGACGAUGUGGAAGCGUUGAAGAAGCUGCUGGAAAGGGAAGAAGGGGCGUGGUUGAUCAAUGGCGCAGACUACGACAAGCGAACGCCGCUUCAUGUUGCGGUGUCCAACAACAGCUUGAUGUCUGCGCAGCUUCUCCUGAGUGCCGGCGCUGCGAGUGAUCCGCUGGACCGCUGGUGCAACUCCCCGCUGGCAAACGCGCAGAAACUGGGGUUUAGCUCCAUGGCGAGGUUGCUGAAGAGGUAUGGCGCUGAGCCAGUGGCUGAGAAUCGAUGGGGCGAUGGUGCUCUCAUCACGAAACCUCCUCAAAGCUGGAGCUGGCGAAUCUCGGACCCCAGCGAAAUUGAUUUCGAAGGCGGAAAGCUCAUUGGGAGUGGAGCUUUUGGAGAAAUCAGGCAGGCCAAUUGGUGGGGCACAACUGUUGCUGUGAAGACCAUUCGAGCCUCUCUCUCUCAGGAUCGAGCAGUUGUGAAGGACUUCAUUGGUGAGGUGGAGUUGUUGGUGCAGCUGCGCCAUCCCAACAUCGUGCAAUUCUUAGCCGCGGUUACCACCAAAAAGCCACUGAUGCUGGUGACUGAAUAUCUACCAGGAGGAGAUCUCCAUGCAUUGAUUCAGAAGGGUCCCUUGCCUACAGAUCUAGCAGUUGCAUUCGCACUAGACAUAGCUCGAGGGAUAGCGUAUCUUCACGGCGGACCCAAUGUUGUCAUUCACCGCGACAUAAAGCCUCGUAAUCUCAUCAUCGACGAAAACAACGUCCUGAAGGUCGGCGACUUUGGAUUAAGCAAGCUGGUAAAAGUGACAAACGUGCAUGAUGUAUACAAGCUGACAGGUGAAACUGGCAGCUACCGCUACAUGGCACCGGAGGUAUUUCUCAAGGAAGAUUACAACACCAAAGUGGACGUCUUCUCAUUUGCCAUGGUUCUGUAUGAGAUGUUCGAAGGUGCAGCACCUUUCAAUAGCGAGGAAUCAUACGAAGCUGCUUACAUGGUUGCUAGAUUCAACAAGCGGCCCGAAUUUGGUUCCAGGACUUAUUAUCCAGAAGGCAUGAGGGAGCUAAUCACACGAUGUUGGUCAGAGUUUGCAGUGAAACGGCCCGACUUCGAUUAUAUCAUCGAAGAGUUAGAAAAGAUCCAGGAAAGGUCACCGAGGCAGGAUCGACACUGCUUUCGACAUCUCCUGCAACGCAUUCGUUGUAACACUAGAAUGAGAUCCGCAACAUGGCUAAGGAAUUGAAGUUAUACACCUGCUGGAGUUGCAUUGACAACAACCCAAUUAGUAGGAUAUUCUUAUUUGAUGUAGGAGGUGAUAUCAGUAGCUCAUUUUCUUUACAAAUAUGGCAGCAUAUUGUUGUACUGUACUGGUUGUAUAGUAUUAUUUGCAGGUUGCACAAAGGAAGGCAAUCCUGUAGCUCAUAAUAAGUAUAGUUUCUAUUCAUUUGUGUACAGGCAAUGUGAGACUUGAAUAGAGUAUUUAGAGUAGUGAAACAGACUAAUACUCACAGUCUGAUUUUAUUACUGUAGCGAGAGAGAGAGAGCGAGAGAGAGAGAGAGAGAGAGAGAGAGAGAGAGAAUGAGUCUUAUCAAAAAAAAGUUUGAUAAACUGACAUUCUUUUUGGCUCAAUUCUAAACCAAGAACUGAGAUCCCAUUUAUUUUUUUGCAAUUUUUAAAUUUUGUUGUAAAA